AUGUUCCACAAACUUGUCCUGCUUCUCUUCACAAUCACAACAGCGUAUUGCUUUGAUUCUAUCGAAACAAACAAUCUUAUGAGGAACAUCCCCUUUGGAAACACGUGUGAUACUCAAGCCAAGAACAAAAUUGCAACAUGCGCUGAUGAGCUUACAAAUCUUGGCAUUUUUUCUUCAGGAAGCCGAAAAACGACCUUAUCCGAUAUGAAAAAUCACACUCAACUUCAUUUCAUGCACAUGUGCGCGGCGUAUCGCCGAUAUAAUAUCUGUUUGGGAGGAAGUUACAUAAAGCAAGCGUGUUAUCCAAACGAGCCAAUGAAAUCUAGAUACUCCGUCGUAGAUGUCGUUUUAGAAUAUGUUUGUGGAGAAGGAUACCAAUCUAUGCUAAAUAACUGGAACUGUUAUCUGUCGGUUGCUGAUAGUUCCGAAAUUGCGAUUUGUGAAGCCAGUUUUAUCCAACUCGCUAAAAACACGGAACAGAUGUAUAACGAUUAUUCCUCCGGAGCUGGAGCAUGCUUCGCUCUUCAAUCUUACAUUGAUUGUAUUCGUCCAGCAAUUGAGCAAACUUGCGGGCUUCAAUCUUUCAUGACUGUAAUCCAGGCUGUCGAGCGUCCUGUUCAAGUCUAUCUUCCGUUUUGCACAUUAUCUUCGUCUUCGUCAUUCAACAUGGCCGCACAAGGCGACGACGACUUUUACGGAGGUUUCGAUGAUUAUGAUCAAGCAUAUGAUAUACAAGCAAUAUCCCAAAAUCAGCAAUUUCAACAAGCAGUGGCACGAUCAAGUCAUGGAAGACGUCCUACAACAUCACAAAUGGGCUGGAGGGAUCCAAUGUCUUCACACGGAAAGCCACCACCUACAACAUCUGGUCGCAGCAGAGCCGGCGGAAGAACGGCUGCAGCAAUGCGAAAUGAGCCUGCGCGACCGAUGACAGCUGUUAGAGCUGCUGGUUAUACUUCGUUCGCAAAUAAAGUUCAAGCUAGCGAAAAAACUGCAGGAGGUGAUUCAACCGGGGAAGGAGAAGAAAAAUGCCGCCAAAUGGAGCAAAAAGUAAUGGAAAUACUACGUGAAAGUAUGAGCUGCAACCAAAAAGGAAAUUUGAAAGAAGCACUGGAUAAAGCUAAAGAAGCAGGGAGACGUGAAAGGGAAGUGGUCAAAUAUCGCGAACAAAAUUCAUUGGUUGAGACAAUGAAUUUGGAUUUGACCUUUACAGUGCUCGUCAAUCUUGCACGUCAAUACGAAGACAACGACAUGGGAACAGAAGCAAUCAAUUCUUACGAAAUAAUCGUUAAGAAUCGUAUGUUCCCCAAUUCGGGACGUCUCCGUGCGAAUAUGGGAAACAUUUGCUUCAAGAAAAGGGAUUAUACGAAAGCUCUCAAAUAUUACAGAAUGGCUUUUGAUAAUGUUCCAAGCAUACAGAAGAAUGCGAGAAUUCGAAUCCUCAAUAAUAUUGGAGUAACAUUAUUCCGAAUGGGAAAUUAUGAUGACGCAUUGGCCACAUUCGAGCACUGCGUCGAAGAACACGCAGAGUUUGAUACUGCUUUAAAUUUGGUAAUUGUGAGUUUCUGUAUACAAGAUGCGGAUAAAAUGAGGGAAUCAUAUUUGAAGUUGAUCGAUAUACCACUUCAAUUUGACGAUGAUUAUAAUAAAGAGGAUGAUGAUGUACUCCUAACCCAUACAUUAAAUGCUGACAUGCUGCAAACCAUUGAAAGAAAGAAAAGAAGCGACGCUGAGAAGGCAAUUCUAAUGGCAACUAAGCUUAUCAGCCCAGUCAUUUAUCCAAACCAUACCUCUGGAUAUGAAUGGUGUAUUGAAUCUUUAAAGCAAAGCGUGCAUGCUGCUUUAGCAACUGAAUUAGAAAUGACAAAAGCUGGUGAAUUGAUGAAAAAGGGAGAUAUCGACGGAGCUGUUGAAGUAUUGAAAGUUUUUAAUGCUCAGGACCCAAAAACUGCAAGUGCAGCAUCUAAUAAUCUUUGCAUGCUCAGACUUUUGCAAGGUGGUCGCCGACUUGUUGAUGCACAGCAAUACGUAGAGCAAGCAUUGUCCAUUGACCGCUAUAAUCCAUUGGCUCUUGUGAAUCAAGGAAAUAUUGCCUAUAUGAACGGUGAUUUAGACAAAGCAUCUAUAUGCUAUAGAGAGGCUUUGAGCAACGAUGCGAGCUGUGUUCAAGCAAUAUUUAAUCUUGGACUCACCGCUAAAGCUCAAGGAAAUCUGGAACUAGCGCUUGAGUAUUUCUACAAACUUCAUAAUAUUUUACUAAAUAACGUGCAAGUAAUUUGUCAACUUGCAUCUAUAUAUGAAAGUUUGGAGGACACAGCCCAGGCGAUAGAGCUUUAUAGUCAGGCAAACAGUCUUGUUCCUACAGAUCCUUCAAUUCUCACAAAGCUUGCUAACCUUUAUGACGCUGAAGGAGAUAAAACACAAGCUUUCCAAUGUCAUUAUGACAGUUAUCGCUAUUAUCCUUCAAAUAUGAAAGUGAUUGAAUGGAUGGGUGCUUAUUACAUUGAAAAUCAGUUUUCGGAAAAGGCUGUCAACUAUUUUGAAAAGGCUUCAAUUAUGCAACCUCAUGAAAUAAAAUGGCAGCUAAUGAUGGCUUCAUCGCACAGGCGAGCCGGAAAUUAUCAAAAGGCAUUAGAACUUUAUCGAUCAAUACACAAGAAGUUCCCACAAAAUAUUGAAUGUCUCAAAUUUCUGGUUCGAAUCACUUCUGAUUUAGCUAUGCCUGAAGCAAAAGAAUAUGCGGAAAAACUAACAAAAGCGGAAAAAGUUCGUCAACUUAAAAUUCAAAGAGAAUCCGAUUCAAGUCAAGGUAAAAGGCACUCUGCAAAUUCUACAACAUCUCAGCAAAUGGGAGCUAUUGGAAGUUCAUCAGGUGCUUCAAGACAAUUCAGUGGCCAACUUGCCUUAUUACCAGAAGGAAGUGCUCCCUUCACCGUUACACAACGCGACAUGAAAUCAGAAGAUUACUCGUAUUCCGAUCCAAUGGGUCCUUCUGUUCCUCGUCCAAAAACAAGCGGAAAUCGAAGAAAUCAAGCUGUUGAUGAUUUUGAUGCUCUAGACGAUACUUUCCUACCAGAAUAA